AGGAAAACACAUUCGUAGCAACGGGGAUCCGAUCGGGUGCUGCGAAUAAAAAUCCCUCGCUGAAAAUUCCGAUAAUUAGUUCUCCACUCGAUCAAAUCGAACACUGCAAUCAAUGGCCUCGUUGCUGAAGCUUUCGGCCGGCCUCCGGGCGUAUGCUGCACGUAGUCAGCAGGUGCUGCUAAGGCGUAACAAGGUGACGAACGCCGGCCAGUUUCGGGCCGCCCUGCUUAACGUUCCGCCGACCGAGGUGACCACGCUCGACAGUGGUCUGCGGGUGGCGAGCUCAGACUGCGGUUCGCAAACGGCGACCGUUGGGCUGUGGAUCGAUGCCGGAUCGCGCUACGAGGACAACAGCAACAAUGGGGUGGCUCACUUCCUGGAGCACAUGGCCUUCAAAGGAACGGCGAAGCGCUCACAGACCGAUCUCGAGCUGGAGGUAGAAAACAUGGGUGCGCACCUGAACGCAUACACGUCCCGCGAGCAGACCGUGUUUUACGCCAAGUGCCUUUCGAAGGACGUCUCGAAUGCGGUGGAGAUCCUGUCCGACAUCAUCCAGCAUUCGAAGCUCGGCGAGGCGGAGAUCGAGCGCGAGCGAGGUGUGAUACUGCGCGAAAUGCAGGAGGUUGAAAGCAACCUCCAGGAGGUGGUGUUCGAUCAUCUGCACGCUACCGCCUACCAGGGUACCCCGCUCGGCAACACCAUUCUCGGUCCGACCAAGAACAUCCAGACGAUCGGUAAAGCCGACUUGCAGAGCUACAUCAGCGAGCACUACAAGGCGCCCCGCAUUGUACUGGCCGCAGCCGGUGGAGUGAGCCAUGCCGAACUGGUGAAGUUGGCCCAGCAACAUCUCGGGAAAGUAAGUGCGGUGGUCGAUGGCACGAAGGCGCUUACUCCGUGUCGCUUCACCGGCUCGGAAGUACGCGUCCGCGACGACUCACUUCCACUGGCACACAUAGCCAUUGCCGUCGAGGGGUGCGGCUGGCCAGACCAGGACAACGUGCCGCUGAUGGUCGCAAACACACUGAUCGGUGCAUGGGACCGAUCGCAGGCCGGUGGCGCUAAUAACGCAUCCAAGCUAGCAGUGGCGGCCGCCACCGACAACUUGUGCCAUAGUUUCCAGUCGUUCAACACCUGCUACAAAGACACUGGCCUGUGGGGUAUCUACUUCGUGUGCGACCCACUGAUGUGCGAAGACAUGGUAUUUAACGUGCAGAACGAAUGGAUGCGCCUCUGCACGAUGGUGACCGAGGGUGAGAUUGAGCGUGCCAAGAACUUGCUGAAGACCAACAUGCUGCUUCAGCUCGACGGCACUACUCCUAUCUGCGAGGAUAUCGGCCGCCAAAUGCUGUGCUAUAAUCGUCGCAUUCCGCUGCACGAGUUGGAGCAGAGAAUCGAUAACGUGACUGCUCAAAAUGUGCGCGAUGUGGCUAUGAAGUACAUUUUCGACCGUUGCCCUGCCAUCGCUGCCGUCGGACCGGUAGAGAACUUGCCCGACUAUGUCCGCAUCCGCUCGUCCAUGUACUGGGUCCGCGCGUAAGCCUCCAACCGACAACGAGCCGCACUGACCAACCUUUACGACACGAGGGAAAUGAGUUUAAAAAAAGCGGUGAACUGCGAGAGUGGAGCAAUGAUGGAUACUGGUUCGCGGGUUAGGGCUCUAUCAAAAUGCCCAUCGCCCUAACCGUUGGUAGUAUUUCGCGGAAACCGCGGUGGUUACAUUUGUGUUUAUUUUUGCAAAUGCUCACAAGUUUUUAGUUUCUUGCAACAACCGAGUUGAACCGAGUGCCGUAGCACCGGCUGUGUUAGCGGAGCUGACGGAGGUUAAGCGAGAUGUCGACCGUUCGGCCCCAGUAUAGUUAGUUCGAAACAAAUUGUGCACGAAUUGGAGAAGUAAUAAAACCAGUAUAAAUGAACAAAGCCUAACUCCAG